AAGUUUGAUUUGGGCGUUCUGACCACCCAUACGGCCAUACACCCUCUUCCCGUCUCUCACCCCUUUCUGUUCUUCCUUUGCGCUAUCACUUUCUCUCUCUUCUUUCUCUCUCCUCCAAGCGCUCUCUCUCGCAACAACACUCCUCGAAACCCUAAUCUCCUUCGCGCAACCUAGAAAUCUCCGGCACCUCUCCCGUUCUCUCUCUAAAUCUCUCCCUUCUCGCUCGAAUUCGUCGAAUCUGAGCUAUCGAUUUCGAUCUCAAAUCCCUAGCUAUGGCCGACCGCAAGAUUGAUCUGCCUGACGAUCUCAUUUUAACUACUCCCAAAGCCUCUGUAGAAUAUGAUGAAGAAAAGGUCACUAUGGGGUUCCUUGAUGAGGUUAAAGAUCAAGCAGCUUCUGAGAACAGUAUUCCUUUGUCCCCGCAGUGGCUUUAUGCUAAACCCAACGAUGCUAAGCCGGAUAUCCGUGGCCCAAACACUCUAUCUCUUGGAAACUCCACUGAUCCAAUACAGAAGGAAAGUGACAAGAAGGACUGGAGGAAACUAGCUUCUGAGAAUGAGAGCACACGGCGUUGGCGCGAGGAAGAAAGGGAAACUGGGUUACUGGGUAGAAGAGAGCGUAGGAAACCCGAUCGCCGCGUUGAAAAUGUUUCUGUCAGGGAAAAUACAGAGGCAAGAAACUCACCUUCUUCUGAACGUUGGAAUGACGCGACUAAUCGCAACUCUGUCCACGAACCAAGGCGUGAUAGCAAAUGGUCUUCUAGGUGGGGUCCUGAAGACAAGGAGAAGGAGUCACGCCCAGAGAGGAAAUCAGAUAUAGAAAAGGAAGAUGCUCAUAAUGAUGGUCAGUCCACUGGAAGUGGUAAUCGGGAUGCUGAAUCGCGUGAUAAGUGGAGGCCUCGCCAUAGGAUGGAACCUUCUUCUAAUGCACCUACUCCAUACCGUGCUGCUCCUGGCUUUGGCCUUGAUAAAGGAAAGGCGGAUGGUGCUAACAUGGGAUUUACUGUUGGAAGAGGAAGGUCCAGCGGUGCAUCUGUUGUGAAGCCUCCACUGGGGAGUACAAGCAGCUCUGCCCAAGUUGAUAAGAAUGACCAUGUUCUUGGGAAACCAUGUCUUUCCGUGGAGCAGUUUCAUUAUCCCAGGGCUAAGCUUCUUGACAUUUACCGUUUACGAAAGCUCAAUACAGCUUUUUGUAGGCCCGAUUCCAUGGAAGAGCUGCCCUCCUUAACCCAGGUGGAUGCCGUUGAGCCAUUGGCAUUUGUUGCACCAGAUGUCGAGGAGGAGGCAAUUCUUAAUGAUAUAUGGAAGGGGAAAAUCACCGGUGGUGGAUCUUCUUACAGUCCAUACAGACAGGGCAAGUUUACUGAGGUUUCCACUGGCAUUAGCAACAUGGAUUGUCUUGAGGAAAACCAGGGUGUCCUUCCUCCAAAUAUUGCUGAGGAGGCUAUCAAUUUUAAUGAUCCAGCAAGUGGUAAAUCUCUUCAGGCUGAAGACGUUUCAGGAAAAACUGCUCAAUAUGCGGUAGAAUUCAAAGGUUGGAGCAUGGGAUCCGAGGGACCAAUGUCGGCAGUCUUGAAUUUUCCUGAUGCAGGAAAGACUGAUGAUGAUAAUUACAAUAUAACUCCCCUCAGAGUUCCUGAGAUUGACCGUACUGCAUUUGAUGUGAACUCUAAACUUCCCAACGAUUCUAACUCUUUGUUUGUGUCAGAAUCUCUUGAUGAUAGUCGGGGCAACAGUCUGCUGUAUGCCCAGAGUGAGAGAGAUACUAACCGUGUUGGAGAUGGUGUACCACCCGAGGAGCUCAGCUUGUAUUAUAGUGAUCCACAAGGAGAGAUACAGGGUCCUUUUCUUGGUGUUGACAUCAUCUCAUGGUUUGAACAAGGUUUUUUUGGCCUUGAAUUACCUGUUCGCUUGGCAGAUGCUCCGGAACAUGCCCCUUUUCAAGAGUUGGGUGAUGUAAUGCCGCAUCUGAAUGCUCAAGAAGGGCUUGGUGUCAGCUCAGAUGUAAGUUCUAAGAUGGAUAACCAUGGAGGGUCCGCUUCCACAACUGAGAUGAAUGAUAUGUCCACAUUGAAUGGCCAAACUUGGCAGUUGUCGGAGAUGGAGAAUCAUUCGAACCAGUCAGCUCACUCACGGAUGUUGGAGCACGAUAUUCCAACACAACAUGAAUAUUUUGAAGGGAAAGGCUUUCAUGAUUCUUCUGCUCAGGAUGAAGAAAUUGUAUUUCCUGGAAGACCUGGGAGUGGCGGUAACCCUGUUGGGAGACGCCUGAGAAGUGCUGACGGACCUGUGUCAAAUCAUGCCGGGUAUCAUACACAUCCAAAUGAAAUGAAAGAAACUGGCAUGGCAAUUCAAAAAGAUGACAAGCUGCACCCUUUUGGCUUGUUGUGGUCUGAACUUGAAGGCAAUCCCACCAGACAAGCCCAACCUUCAAGUAUAUCCUCAACCAUUGGUAUGCCUGGUCAUCUUAUGGGCCAUUCUUCUGGAAGGGUUGGUCCUUUUGGCGGAGUUUCUGAUCAGAAUAUUGAAGAUUCAUGGUCCAAUUUCUAUGAUAGAAGUCCAAUUCCUAGCUCGAACAUGUUUGGCGACUCAUUGGAGUCCCAACAUUUUUCCCACCUUGAUCAAGAACCCAAUCACCGCGAAUUAGCUGAGCAGAUUUUGUCGAGACAAUUCCAGCAACAGCAGCAUAUCCAAGAGAGAAAUCUUAUGUCUCAACUUGCCCACUUGAAUGGGUCACCUCAUGAACAAAUGUCAGGUCGAGGAUCACUCCAUCAACAGUUGGCAAAUCAACCUUUGUCCGAACUUGAGCACAUGUUGGUUCUCCAGCAGCAGCGGGAGCUCCAACAACAGAGGCAGAUGGAACUCCAACAUCACCUGCAGCCACAGCAGCAGCAGCAACAGCUUCAGAAAAUUCUUAUGGAGGAGCAGCAGUCCCAAGCUAGGCACCAAAUGCUUGAGCAGUUCCUUCAUGGCCGUGAACCUGGAUUUGCUCAGUCUCAUAUAGAUCCUGGUUCGGGCUUGGAUCAGAUGUUGCUGAAGCAGCAUCUUCUACGUGAUUCACAUCCCCACUUGCAUCAGCCUUCAAGGCACAGUGAUCCUUAUUUGGAACAGCUUAUUCAGGCGAAGAUAGGCCACUCAAAUCAUCAAGAUCGCCAGACUGAUCUCUUAGGACUAAUGCAGCACUCACGGCAUGAACAAUUUCGGUCUCAACAAAUGAUGCAGCAGGAGCAACACCAGCCACGCCAGAUGCCAAUGAGCUUAAGGCACCGGCUGGAAAUGGGGGAAGGAAGACAGAUUGGGUCAGUUUGGCCAGUAGAAGAAGCGGAGCAAUUUCUUCGCAAUCCUGCUGGUUCUCAACGAUCUCAUUCUGCUGCUUUCAGCCCACCUCCGUUUAGCCCUCUAGAUAUGUUGCAGCAGCAGCACAGGGCACAGCAGGAGGAGAAGCUAAGAGAGAUGGAACGAUUCCAAUUGCAGGAGCAGCUUAAAAGAGGAUUAUAUGACCCAGGGACAUUACAAUAUGAACGGGCAAUGUCAUUGCAGGGUGGGGGCUCUGGUGUUAACUUGGAAAUGGCUAAUGCUAUGGCACGACUUCAGGGCUUGGAUAUUCAAGAUCCAAACAAUCAUGGGCACUCAGGUCAACUGGGCUCAUUAGGUUCUGGCACCCAUUCUCAUCAUCCUCACCACUCUUUUGUGUCCAACGAUUUCAAUACAUCACAUUUUGAUGCCGAAGGCCGCUGGCCUGAUAGUGAUAACCGUGUGCCGAAUGAUUGGAUAGAAUCUCAUAUCCAACAGCUGCAUCUUAAUGCUGAACAGCAGAAGAGGGAGCAACAACUUGACGAAGACAACUCAAAGAGGUUGCUGAUGGAACUGCUGCAUCAGAAAUCUAACCACCAACCAACGCAACCGCUAAAUAUAAAUGAAAGUGCACUGUUGGAGAGAAGAACACAAUCUGGAUUUUUUUCUGGAUCUAACUCUGCCGAGCAUUUGUUUAGCCUUGCCCAUGAGCGCGAUAUUGGUUUAGGCAACCCUGCUGCUGUUCCGUCUUUUGUCAAUAUCCCAGCUGAACAAAAUCAGUUCCGACUAGCUGAUGAGCAGGAUGGUGGUUUUGACAACAGUGGUAGAUUGAUUGGUCGAUCCAACUCUGGUAUGGUUAUGGAGGGAGAAGCUAUGUACCCUGGAAUUGGUAGAAGUUCUUCGCUGAUAUUCCCCAAUUCUGAUAUGACGGGCAACUCUUAUAAUGACCGUGAGUUCUCUGAGGUGGAGGGAAAGAAGUGGCCUCCCAAAAUUGAAGAUAUGGUGAAGGGAUCAAUGAUGGACAUUCCUGAGAAUAUGUCAAAGCAGCAUGGAGCGGCAACGUUUGAUGGGAGGGAGAUGCCAGCCAUCAACAAGCACAGCUCUAUUGGGGUUGCUGCUGGGCAAGGAGGAUUCUUCAAUGAAAAAAUUGGACGAUCUAAUUCCUUUACCGAGGAGGUUGAUAGGAUACCUACUGUUCUUUCCAGGGGGUCAGAAAAUGUCUUGUUUAAACGUCCACCGGUAUCUCGUCCUUUGUCAUCUCAAGAGGGAGUGUCUGAUCUUGCAAUUGAUGCUCCCACCAAAGGAAUGAAUCCAUCCAUUGGGACUCCUGAUGGUGGAAGACGGGACUUUGGAGGCGGAGGCAAUACAGCUAUCCAACCUGCUGAUACCACAACCAAAAAGGAUAUGCGUUUCAGACGGACAAAUUCUUGUAGCGACUCCGAUGUUACAGAUACGUCAUUCAUAGACAUGUUAAAGAGUAACGCUAGGAAGCCGCCUCAAUCCGAGUCACAGGAAUUGGCUGAUGCUGCGCAGGGUGGUAAGAGUGGGAAGAAGAAGGGGAAGAAAGGAAGGCAGAUUGAUCCAGCUCUUCUUGGUUUCAAGGUCACUAGUAAUCGUAUCAUGAUGGGCGAGAUUCAAAGGAUUGAUGAUUAGCCUUUUCAUAAUUUAUAUAGAAGUGUCAUUGUUGUACCUAAUGUUUUCUUCUUGAGGGCCUUCCAAUAGGUGUACAGAUUUCUUUUUUCUUGUAAAGCCUUUUUUCCCCCCAUUUCUGAGAGUUCAUUGUAUUUUCCGGCCAAUUACCUCGUUUUACUUGUUCAUGAAAGGGGUGAUUAAAGGGCUGAUAUAGUUUUUUUGGACAACUUAGAAUACCUAUAGAGGUUGGCGAUGUACAUAUUGAGCUUAUUAAAUGGAAAGCAGUAGCAGAUUUAGAAGUGAA